AUGGUGCUAGCCCAAGACGAGAUCGACGCUUGUCGCGAAGCGUUCCUAGCGUUCGACAAGGACCGGAGUGGCACAAUCGAUGUGUGGGAGUUGCGCCAAGUGCUGGAAGCAAUGGGACAACAGCCAACUGAGGAAGAAUUGUUCCAGAUGAUCAGCGAGGUGGACGAGGAUAUGAGCGGCGCUAUCGACUUCGCUGAGUUCUUACAGGUGAUUGACAACCAAAAAGAUCGAGCCGCCAUGUUCGAAGACGACAGCGAUAUGAUCGACGCGUUUGUUGCUUGCGGUGGCAAGCCCGACAAGAGUGGAUUUGUGCGCAAAGAGACACUAGUGAAAAUCAUCAAGGGCGACUUCGGACUGACUAUCAACAUCGAGGAGAUGAUCAACAAACUGGACGUGGAUGGUAGCGGCGAGAUCGAAUUCGAUGAGUUCAAAGCGAUCCUGACAUAA